AUGCAGGCCGUUGGUCCUCUCCCAGCGAAAUGGUGGCCAACUGCUAUUCAAUUCCACAUCCACCUGUUUUACACCAUUCCCAUCAAUGGCAAGAUUGCACCCACCCCAGAAGCCAUGUGUCACCAUUCUUGGACGCUGCAAAUGUGCAGCAAGUGCUCAGCAAUCGUACAGCACCCCGUGCAACAUGUCACCCCCAGCAGUGCCAACGACUCGGAUGUGGACAUCCCCAGUGUGGACAGCGGGCAAGUGUCAUCCCCAAUCCUGUCCUUGCCCAACAAAGUGCCUCACACGGGCUGUGAUGGCAUCCUGUGCACACACACCAAAGACAGCAGCGAGUACAAGCUCAAGGACACGGAAGACAUGGAGUUCAAUGAGGUCGAGCGUGUUCUGUACGAAGCAAUCAAGAUUGUCCGAGAGCAGUUGGAGAACCCGGAUCCUUGCUUCGUCAGCCUACCCCCGACCUUGAAUCUCUCAGCACUGAGGACACAAUUGACUUCCUUGAUUGUGUGCUCCUCCUCUUCCAAGCACAUCACACAGACACUUGGCUCGUUCAAGAUGCCAAGGUCGUUUACACAGCACGAUUGA